AUGGAGCCAUUGCCGUCCAAGAACGGGAAGGCGGCGACUGAGCUAUGUAACCAAAAAUUACUCCUGGAGGAGGCGAAUACCCAUGGUUCCUACGUCGGCCAGCAAUCCAACCCCUACCAGCGCCUCGAGUUUGUCGGCGACGUUGUCCUCGGCCUUGUGGUUUCUGAUUACCUGUACGAAAUGUGCCCACACAUUGACUCUGACGACCUCACUGCCCUCCGUAGUGCCAACGUUUCCAAUGAGAAGCUACCCUGCAUGUCCGUUGACCUCAGUCUCUACCGUUUCCUCCGCCACAACUCCCCUAGCCUUGAUCAAGCGUUCACAUAUCAAGUGACGAUGGAGGAGGCUGAAGAGAAUGAAGAGAAAGGUAGCAUCCUAAAAGCCCGUCUUGUAUUGGCUGACAUGGUUGAGUCCAUCGCAGCAGCAGUCUACAGGGACUGUAAUUCCAACCUCAAAUCAGAUUAG